ACCCCAGCGAUCUCUCCCCGACAGACACGGACGCCCCCAACGACACACUGUCAGGAGCGGACUGGGUGGUCCUGACUCCGAAGGCCGGGCUUCCCGUCGCCAAGGACGACAGCAGCCACACCUCCAUCCUGGUGGGCUGCCUGGUGGCCAUCAUCCUGCUGCUGCUGGGGGUCAUCGCCAGCAUCCUGUGGCGGCAGCACUGGAGGAAGCUGCUGGGCAAGGCGCAGGGCCAGUCCCACGAGGAGCUGCGAGUCCACCUGUCCGUGCCCGGCGACACCGUGGUCAUCAACAACACCCACAACCCCCUGGGCUCGGCUCGAUACAGCAGCCGGUACCAGCGCAUCCAGUCCUGCGCCGGCGAGCCGGACCGAGAGGAGCACAGUCCAGGGGAGUACCAGGAGCCCAGCGUCCUGCUGAGGCAGAGAGAGGCCACCGCGCGGCCACUGAGCAACCUCCUCCUGCCGUCGUCUCACAGCCUGACCCCAGCUGGGGACGAGGGUAGCAAGCCCAUCAACACGCAGGCAGCAGGUGGGCGUGGCUACAGCGAGGCUAUGGCCCCGCCCCUGCAGGAGGCCCCACCCCCGUACCCCGGGGCCCCGCCCCCUCCCAGCGUGCCCCACUACGCGGAGGCCGACAUCGUCAGCCUGCAGGGCGUCAGCGGGAACAACACGUACGCCGUGCCCGCGCUGGCGGCCGAGGACAGCGCCCCCGCCGAGCUACCCCGCGCCUGCCUGGUCUUCAGGGAGAAGCUGGGCGAGGGGCAGUUCGGGGAGGUCCACCUGUGUGAGAUACACAGCCCACAGGAGCUGCCCGGACUGGAGUUCCCCUUCAACAUCCGCAAAGGGCGCCCCCUUCUGGUGGCCGUCAAGAUCCUGCGCGCCGAUGCCACCAAGAACGCCAGGCAAGUGCUGCUUGUUCCCCCCUCCCACCCCUCUCUGUGUAGAGCCUCCUGGCCUGACUGGAGGAGCUCACCCAGCUGUAAAAGCAAGAGCCCGCCUCUCCGCAUACGACCUCAGAUCAGACGAGACGACACGCUGAAUUUAUGCAUAUACCGGCACGAGACCGAUAGUCGACAAGUACCUCCGCCCGGAGGAUUCAACCCGGCGGGUUCCGGUCGGCCGUCCCGGGACCGGCGGAUCCCCCAGCAGGACCGCCUCCCGGGACCGGCGGACGUUACAGCCCCCUUCGCCACGACCUCGCCACAUCCUGGGGCCCCCCUCCCCCGGCGCGACUGUCAACCGGGGCGGACUGUCCUCAGUGCGCCCCAACCGCGUCGCGCCGCCGGGCUGGGGACCGGCCUGCGACAGGGCGCCAGGGGUCUGCGGCGAAACACACGGGGACUCUCUCUCUCCCACAUCGAUGCUGUGUGCUUCGUGGUCCAGGCGUCUCUGGCGCGGCUGACCUCCAUCCAGCAGUACGUCUUGGACUCCAUCCUAUCCAUCUUCGGGAAGGAUAUCGCCGAGAACAUCCUCGUCACGUUUGUGGACGGGAAGGACAUCCCCGUCCUGGGCGCCAUCAAAGCCGCGGGAGAAAUCAAUCUCUGCGCCGUCAUGGAUGACGCUGGAUUCUGUGUGAUCUGUCCAGGUAACUGCCACUACUCCGAUCACAUAUCCGAGAUGACGAUGUGGGAGUACGAAGUGGUCAAGGUCAUGAAAACAGUCAAAGAACUCAAGGACAACUUUGUUAAGGCUUCCGGCAAUUUCAUGUCGACGAAGGAGAUGCUCGAGAAAUUCGAAAUGGACUUCCAGACGAUCGAGGACAAGAUCAUACAGCUGAUCAGGCUGUCCUCCAACUGCCUGGCGCGGCUGCAGAUCGCCCUGAAGCCCAACGCUCUGUCCACGGCCGCCUACAUCGAGCUGCUCAUCCGCAAAGAUUAA